AAAAGAAAAAGAAGAAGAGCGUGCAACAAAAAUGUCAAGUGCAAAAAAUGCUGCUGCCAGCCAAACAAGCCAAGUUCAAGUCUUAAAUUCAUGGUAAAAACUAAACAAAGCAAACUAAAACAACGGCAAACAAAAAACGUAGUAAAAAGUGUUUUCAAGUUUUGCAACUGCCACAAUCAAAUAAAAAAAUAAACAAAAAAAACGCUAGAAAAACGCGAGUAAAACGCGCGCGCUGCACGCCAACAAACGUUGAAAUAUAAGUAUAUAAAGGCCAGAAAAUUAACACGAAAAUGUCCACUAGCCGCCGCUUGGCCAAACGCUCAAUAAUUGGCACCAAAGUGUGCGCACCCGGCCCCGACGGCCUCUGGUACUCGGGCGUCAUACAGGACGUUAAAACGCCAACAUCCAUGUCCUCCACGCCGGAGCCAAUGCCGCCGCCCACCUUCCUGGCACCGGGCGAUGCCCAGUUGAACGCGGACACGCGCUAUAUUGUCCGUUUCGAUUUCAAGACCCAAUCGCUGCCGUCUGGCGUCGCCGCCGCGUCGUCCGUGUCCUCGUCCGCGUCCGGGUCCUCGGAAUCGGUUAUUGUGGAGACGCGACGCGCCGCUGCCGCCGCCAAUGUGCACAUCAGUCCGGCUCAGGCAUUGCGCCGCAACGCCAUGACAAAGGAGUUUCGCGAAUCGGAUCUUAUCGGGCCCGGCUUUCGAUCCAUUAUGAGCAUACAGCUCCAGCCCGGACAGCGCAUCUUUCUCACCUACAAUGGACGCGAGCAGAGCGGCGACGUGGUCCUGCACGAUGUCGCCAAAGAUGAGGUGGUCGUCAAGAUAACCCCAGCUGGAAAUGAGGAACCCAUCGAGCUGAAGAAGCGUUUGGAGGAAGUGCGCCUGCUGGAGUCACGGCGCUCGGCUCGUCUGGCCGAUCAGGAUCGCGACACGGACUUUGCUCGCCUGGCCGACAUGGGAGGCGACCGCCGCCGUACCACACACAGUAUUGAGGUGCCAUUGACGCCACUGACGCCGCCGAACAACUCACGGAAGCGUCCGCCAAGCGACUCUUAUGAUUGCAGCAGUGAUCAAUGCAAAGUGGACGAUAUGAAUGAAUGCAAUGCAGCAUUAAUUUUAAUGAAUCUACACAACUCGCCGCAUGCCGUUUCAGACAAAUGGCUGGGCUCCAGUCCAGGCAGCAGCUCGUCAGCCUCUUGGAGCUCUGGCUCGGCCUCGCCGCCGUUGAGCGAUGAUGGAAAUGUGCUGCACGGUCACAUAAUUUUGUCGCCGCAAUGUGCGGCCAGUGCAUCGGCCAAUGCACGCAUACGCACAACCUCGGUAUCCACAUCAGAUGAGGGUAUUGUCAUCGACUUCAAGGAGGAGCGCAAGAAGAAGUUGAAAAAAUUCCGUUGUACCUGGAAAGGAUGCGGCAUUGUGGAGCCCACACAACUGAAAAUUGAACGACACGUGCGGGACAAACAUUUGGGCAAAAAAGCCAGACGCUCUGGCGAUAACGAUUCCUGCAGUGAUAAUGAGCACGAAGAGGAAUUUUAUUACACAGAAGACGAUGAUGAUGACGAGUUGGUCAAAACGCCUAGUCCUGCAUCUCCACCCACGCUCAGCCACCGGGACAUGGCACGUCCGCCGCACGAGGAUCCAGAAUACCAAAGACAGAUCGUUGGCAACUUCAAACAAGGACGCGCUAUGAAUAACUAUCACCACCUAACGCAUCAGCAGGCACAGCUACAUCACAGCAGCAGCAGCAGCAAUGGUCACAUCACAAGCACCCAGCACCAGCAGCUGCAGAGCAACAACACGAGCUGCAUACCGACUUCGCCGCUGGCGCAUCACAAUUACACUUGGCCAUCCACCGGUGCGAUCACAGUAAGCGCAUCCUCUACGAACACCCACCAGGCGCACCACAGCAGCAGCAGCAGCAGCAGUGGCAGUGGCAGCGGCAGCGGCAGCAGCUCGGCGACACUCAACAAACAGGCACGCGCAUCGUCGUCGCGUCCGUCCCACUCGACAGCGCCAUAUCCAUCGCCGACAUACGUCCAUCAUCAUCAUCACAAUUACAGCAAUAGCAGCAUUGGCAGCGCUGCCAGCAGCAGCAAUAGCAGCAACAGCAGCAGUAGCAACAGCAGUCCGGUCAUACACAGCAACAGCAGUGCCAACAACAUGUUGCAGCAAUUGUCGCAGCAGAAUGUCACGGUGACGGCACACCACAGCCACAACAGCACAGGGGUGGCCCAAGCGCAGCAGCACCAGCAACAACACCACCUGUCUGGCGUGACAAUCACGGCCAACUACAAUCCGCCGCAGCAGCAGCAGCAGCAGCAUCAACAGCAGCACUUGCGCGGCCAGCAACAGACAACUGCCAGCAACAAUCUGGUUGCCAAUUCCGGCCAGCACAUGCCACUGCAACAUGUGGCCGUGCAGCAGGCGGUGAGCGCGGCCAGGAACACACCAAACUCACCGAACCGACGUACGCGCGGCGAGAACAAGAAAUGCCGCAAGGUCUACGGCAUGGAGCGACGCGAUCAAUGGUGCACUCAGUGCCGAUGGAAGAAGGCUUGCAGUCGCUUUGGUGACUGAAAGCGACAGAAAUCGUCGACGGAGGCAGCAGCCCAUGCGUCGGCGACACUGCGGCAAGUAGCAACAUCAACAGCAACAUCAGCAGCAGCAGCAGCUGCUGCCAAAAUGACAACAACUGUGGUGAGAUUGGCGGCCGAGGUGGCGGCGGGCAAACAGCUGCCUGCCUCGCUCACUAUCAAAACCAAUAAACGCUAUGGCAUACACCACAUACAACCACAGACCAGCAACAGCAUCACCAACAGCAGCAACAGCAGCAUCAGCAGCAGCAGCAAUCACAUUCACAGCAGCAGCAGCAUCACCAACACCAACACCAUCAGCAAUAAUAUCAAUAGAUUGCCGCGCAUUAAGAGCGUUGCCACUUCGGUGAUUGUAUCGCCCGCAGCUGUAGUUGCCAGGCCGACGCGCACACCCUCGCCCACCGCCAGCAGCAGCAAUGAUGGAGGAGUUGUCAACGACAAUGCCGAUGUACAGAUGGAAGAGGUUGCUGCUGCCAAUGGGCUGCUGGCUUGGAGCCGGGCUGCCGCUGCGGGCCAGCAGCAGCAGAAACAGCAGCAGACAAUGCUGCUCCAGGUCUAAGUUGUUGCCGUGUCAUCCGUAUUGCUGUUGUUUUUGCUAGAAAGAGUCCGCCGCUAAGAAAAAACAAAACAAAAAAAAAAAACAAACAACAAAAAACAAACAAACAACAAAUUAAUGAAAAUUAAUAUAUAAAUGGUCUCUUCUUAUUUACUCUGCAUUGAAUUGUGCAAACCUUAAACGUAACGGUAUCUCUUUGUUGUUGUGCUAGUGUUGCCAACUGCCGUGCAAAUGUUGCUAACAUUUGCGCUGGGCAACAUUUGCAAUAUACAAUAAUAAUAAUUAUUAUUAUGCAUAAAUAUACAUAAAAAUACAUACAUAUUUAUUUUAAAACCUGAUUUUGUUAAUUCUUAUGUUAAAAACAAAACAAAACAACAAAAAAAAAAAACAAACAAACAAACAGUGGCAAAGAUUUUUAGCUGCGUUUCGUUUAGCCAGCAAUUUUUAUAUACAUGUAAAACCGCAAAAAAAAAGGAACACCACAAGCAUAUACAUAUAAAUAUGU